AUCGUAAUUUUUUCGGAGUGACGAGCUGAAUCGGUGUUUGUAGCUGUCGAUGAAUUAGCAGUUUAUACUGUUGCAAGAUGAUGUCUGUACUUUCUCAGCAAAGCUUUACGAAUGAAACUAUGCAACAUCAGUUUUAUCCUUACGAUAAUAAUAGCGGAAGUAUUGUUGCAAUUGCCGGAGAAGACUUUGUAGUAAUCGCUUCCGAUAUGAGAUUGACAACUGGAUAUUCAAUUUUCAGUCGAAAUCAAUCCAAAUUAUUUAAAUUGUCUAAUAAUGCAGUUUUAGGAACCAGUGGAUGUUGGGCUGACGUCUUAACAUUUCGUAAAUAUCUGGAAGCAAGAACUAGGAUGUAUAAAUUUGAGCAUAAUACUGACAUCGACACCCCAGCUUUGGCACAACUGAUAUCAAACAUGUUAUAUUUCAAGCGAUUCUUUCCAUAUUAUAUAAGCACUAUUCUGGCUGGCUUGGACGAGAAUGGUAAAGGAUGCGUAUAUCAUUACGAUCCCAUUGGAAAUUUUGAAAAAGCAAUUUAUAAAUCUGCAGGCUCGUCUAGUGCAUUGCUGCAACCUCUGCUCGAUAAUCAGAUUGGCCGUAAAAACAUCGAGGGUGGUGUCGAAACAAAACCGUCUCUUAGUGAUGCUGUUACCAUUAUCAAAGACGUUUUUCUCUCUGCAGCAGAGCGGGACAUUCACACCGGUGACGGUGUAAAUUUAACAGUUAUAACUCCCGAUGGAAUUAAAGAAGAAGUGUUUCCAUUACGUCGUGACUGAACAUUAUUAAUUUUUUUAUGUUAAAAAUUCCAUUUAUAAAUAAAAACUUAUUUGAAAA